CCUUUAUUGAAUUUUCCAAGGGUUUUCUUAUAUUCCUUUUCUUUGCUAUGGACUUUCUAGAGAUUUUGCAAGUUCAAUGGGUCUUUGAAUAUUUCUUUGCAAGCUCUGGAGAAGAAGGAUAAAGAUGAAUAUGAAAAGGAAACUUUUGAAAAAAAAAAACGUACAUUAGUGGCUAUAGAUGUGACAAGUGAAAUCGGAGUUUCCCUGUGAUUCGGUUGUCCGAUCCGAGUUUCCCCUGUAAUUCUAAGUCGGACACUGCAAUGACAGGCAAUCUCGGUUGCUUGCAAAACAUUCCAAAACCCUCCGAUAGUGCAAUGCAAGAAAGCGCAACGGUCGGGCCUACAAUACUUGAAAACAAGUAUUUCAUUGGGUGUGACAGUGACAUGGACGGAUCGAAAAGAAGACAUGCCCUCCUAGGAUGCUGCGCGCGUAGAUAGGCAUAACAAGCUGUAAGUAUCCGAGCAAAAAUAGAAGGAGAGGAGAGGAUAGCGAUUUGGAAGGAUCGAUAUUAGAUUAUGGAGAGGUUGCUGAUGAGCAGCAAAUGGAUAGCAACGGUGGCAAGCAUAUGGAUCCAGUGCAGCGUCGGCGCAUACACCUUUAGCAUCUAUUCCUCUGUGUUGAAAUCCAGCCAAGGUUACGACCAGUCAACGCUCGACAUCGUUUCUGUCUUCAAGGACAUCGGUGGCAACGCCGGCGUCCUCUCCGGCGUCUUGUUCUCAGCCGUGGCUGUUGGUAACAGUAACCUGUCAGGUACCGUUCGAUCCCGGAGUUUCUCUGGGCCAUGGGUUGUCCACCUUGCCGGGGCGAUUCAGAACUUCUUGGGGUACCUUCUAAUGUGGGCUUCCGUCGUCGGAGUAAUUCACCGGCCUCCGGUGCCGUUGAUGUGUUUCUUUGUGUUCUUGUCGGCUCAUGCUCAGACUUUCUUUUCAACAACCAACAUGGUUUGUGGUGUGCAGAACUUUGCCGAAUGUGGGGGGACCAUUGUGGGAAUCAUGAAGGGUUUUCUUGGUAUUAGUGGAGCAAUAGUGAUCCAAGGGUACGAGACAUUCAUCAAGAACGAGCCGAGCACUUUCCUGCUGAUGCUUGCUCUAUUGCCUACGUUCGUCUCCCUUGCGCUUAUGUUUUUGGUGAGAAUCUAUGAAGAUCCAGACACGACUGAUGACAGGAAGCAAUUGAAUGGUUUCUCUGCAGUGGCUCUGAUAGUUGCUGCUUAUCUCAUGAUCAUAAUUAGUUUGGAGAACAUCUUCACUUUGCCAUCAUGGGCACGCGUUUUUACCUUCAUACUGCUCUUGCUUCUGCUUUCAUCACCUCUUGGAAUUGCAAUCAAAGCCCAGAGGGAAGAGGACUACUACAAGAGAUCUCCUAAAAAGGUUUCUGUUGAGAGUAAUCCUUUAAUGAAGUCAUCAAAGUCUUCUGCAGCCAAGGAUCCUCUGGCAUACCAAGAACUGCCUGGUGGUGAGGGUGAUCAAGUUAAUCAUGCUACUUUAGAUGACAUAAUUCUAUCACAAGAAGAGGGCAUGAAUCUUCUCCAAGCCAUGAGCACCUUAAACUUCUGGUUGCUGUUUGUUGCCAUGGUAUGUGGGAUGGGAACUGCGCAAGCUGUGGUGAAUAACUUGAGCCAAAUUGGGGAAUCUUUCAACUACACACGUGUGGAGAUCAGUAACUUGGUGUCUUUGUGGGGAAUAUGGAACUUUGUUGGCCGUAUUGGAACUGGGAAUUUAUCAGAUUAUUUGCUGCACACAAGAGGUUGCGGGAGGCCAUUUUUAAUGGGCAUUACUCUUGCAGCAAUGGCUGCUGGCCAUGCUGUUAUUGCUUCUGGUUUUCCACGAAUUCUAUAUGUGGGUUCGAUUCUGGUGGGCAUCUGCUAUGGUUCACAAUGGGCGCUAAUGCCCACCAUCGCUUCUGAGAUGUUUGGGGUCAGACAUGUUGGAACCAUUUUCAAUGCAAUUGGGAUAGCAAAUCCUGUUGGAUCUUACAUUUUCUCUGUGAGAAUAAUUGGGUAUAUUUACGACAUGGAAGCUGGCGGUGAAGAUAACUUCUGCUUUGGUACUCAUUGCUUUAUGCUUUCUUUUCUGAUAAUGUCAUUUGUGGCUUUUUUGGGGUUUCUUGUUGCCAUUGCCUUGUUCUUUCGUACUAAGCAAAUCUAUCAUCUACUUGUGCUCAGAAGGUUAAACCGUUCUUUAAGGUAAAAUAAUGCUUAGCAUCCCAUUUGAUGACCA